UUCAAAACCUCUCAAAAUUUCCAUUUUGGAUCCCCGCCUUUCUGAAUCUUAGUUUUCCCUCUUUCCCCCCCAAUUUACCUCUCUUUAUAAUCCUCUAAAAAAUCCCGUCCCAAAAUCCAACGGCUCUUAUACUGUGGAUUCAAACUUUUCUUGUUGUUGUUGUUGUUAUUUGUUAAUGGCGCACCAUGUUUUUCAGCUUCCUUGCGACGGCGACGGCGCGUGUAUGCGCUGUAAGGUUACUCCUCCGACGGAAGAAACCCUCACUUGUAGCACGUGCGCCACUCCGUGGCACGUGGCCUGCUUAGCUUCUCCGCCCGAAACCCUAGCUUCUACUUUACAAUGGCACUGCCCUGAUUGCUCCGGCGAUCCUCUUCCUUCAGCCUCGGUCGCCAUAGAUGGAAGCUCCAGUGAGCUUUUUGCGGCGAUAAAGGCAAUAGAGGCGGAUGAGUCGUUGACAGAGAAGGAGAAGGCGAGGAAGAGGCAGGAGUUGUUGAGUGGGAGAGUUGAAGAAGAUGGUGAUAAAGAGAAAGGUAAGGAGAAGGAGAAGGAGAAGGAGAGCUCUGUUUUGGAUGUUCUUGAUGGAAGCAUAAACUGUUCGUUUUGCAUGCAGUUACCUGACAGGCCUGUUACGACACCAUGUGGCCACAAUUUCUGCCUUAAAUGCUUCCAGAAAUGGAUAGGCCAAGGAAAGCAUACUUGUGCAAAAUGCCGGUCAACAAUUCCUUCAAAAAUGGCAAGCCAACCUCGUAUUAAUUCUACACUUGUAUCUGUUAUCAGAAUGGCAAAGCUAUCCAAAUCAAAUGUUGCAGCUGGGCCUCUGAAGGUUUACCAUUUUAUACACAACCAAGAUCGACCUGACAAGGCUUUCACUACAGAGCGAGCACAAAAAGCUGGCAAAGCAAAUGCUGCUAGUGGGAAGAUAUUUGUGACUGUACCACCUGAUCAUUUUGGGCCUAUCACUGCUGAAAAUGAUCCAGCUAGAAAUCAAGGCGUUCUUGUUGGUGAAUGCUGGGAAGAUAGAUUGGAAUGCCGGCAAUGGGGUGCUCACCUUCCACAUGUUGCUGGUAUUGCUGGUCAGUCAAACCAUGGUUCUCAGUCAGUGGCACUCUCAGGAGGUUACGAGGAUGAUGAGGAUCAUGGAGAGUGGUUUCUCUACACUGGAAGUGGAGGUAGAGAUCUUAGUGGAAAUAAGAGAACAAGCAAGGAGCAGUCAUUUGACCAAAAAUUUGAGAAGAUGAAUGAGGCUUUGCGUGUAAGUUGCAAACACGGUUAUCCUGUUCGAGUUGUAAGGUCACACAAAGAAAAACGAUCUUCGUAUGCUCCCGAGAAAGGGGUGAGAUAUGAUGGGGUCUAUAGGAUUGAAAAAUGUUGGCGAAAGGUUGGAAUACAGGGGUUUAAAGUUUGCCGGUAUUUGUUUGUAAGAUGUGACAAUGAGCCUGCCCCAUGGACAAGUGAUGAGCAUGGGGAUCGACCUAGGCCAUUACCGGCUAUUCCUGAGCUGAAGAAGGCUACUGAUGUAUUUGAGAGAAAGGAAAGUCCAUCAUGGGACUUUGAUGAGGAAGACAGUCGUUGGAAGUGGAAAAAAUCUCCACCUCCUAGCAAAAAGCCAGUGAAUGCAGCUGAUCUUGAAGAAAGGAAAAGGGCAAGGAAAACUAUAAGGAAAGCACAUAAUACAAGUAUAAGAGAGAGACUCCUGAAAGAGUUUAGUUGUCAAAUCUGUCGUCAAGUUAUGAAUCUCCCAGUUACAACUCCUUGUGCCCACAAUUUCUGCAAGUCAUGCUUUGAAGGUGCAUUUGCUGGUAAGACUGCUGUAAGAGAGAGGAACAAAGGUGGCCGGACACUUAGAUCACAAAAGAAUGUCCUGAACUGUCCUUCUUGCCCAACUGAUAUCUCUGAAUUCCUUCAAAAUCUUCAGGUCAAUCGAGAACUAAUGGACGUGAUUGAAUCGUUGAAAGAAAAGAGUGAGGAGAAUCAGGAAACUGCCGAAGAGUUGAGUGAAGAACAGAUAAAUGGAUCGGAUGAAAAUGCAGACUUGGAUUCUGGUGAUGGCGAAACUGGUAAGAAAAAUGAGAAUGUUGAUCCAGAAGGUGACUCUCAGAAUCCUCCACUUGAUUGCGAAACAGAAAGAAGUAGCAAGAGGAGGAAAGUGGAUACUGCUCAAGUGACAAAUGAUGAAAAUGACUCUCCAUCAAGCAUCCUCCAGGUGCAAUCAUCUGAAGGUGAUAUCGAAUGACAUGUUUUCUUUAAGAGGAAUUUUUAUCACAAAGUUUAAGGUUUCUUUUUCCCAUUUUUCUUUUAAGUUGUUUAUAGUUGUGGUUAAAUUCCACAGUUUUAUUUCUUCCAAGAGUGGAACUGGGACUGUGCAUGCUUAGUAUAUUAAUCUUAUUAUGUUGAGCUAGACUGGGUAACUCUCUCCCACCUUUUUGCC